GAAUUGCAGGAGAAAGGAAUAAAGCCCCAAGCUGGGAUAUAGCUUUCGGAACACCAGUGGGCAGAGCCUGAGGGAAUGCGCGCGCAACCACGCCAGCUGCGGAUUAGGUGACUUUUUCCCUGGCAACGGCUUGUUGUUAGCAACGGCUUGUUGUUAGCAACGGCUUGUUGUUAGCAGCAAGGCGGUAGUCCGGCGGUGGUCUAGGCAGAGCUAGCUGCCUGGGGGCGGGAGGCACCUGCCAUGAAUCCGCUGGGAUCCCUGAGGGUCCUGGAGGAGGAGAAGGAGCAUUUAGCCACUCCGAUUGUCGGGCCCUCGAUACAUUCUGAUAACCCUCAGGAGCGGAUCCAGGCCCGGCGCCUCCGCAUCGCGGCGCGCCUGGAAGCUCGGAGGCGGGAAGCUCUUGGAGAACAUUUAGACGGGAAGGAGAGGGAAGAAGAUCAAAGCAAGAGCUACAAACAGAAAGAAGAAAGCAGACUGAAGUUGGCUAAGCUGCUGCUCUGUGGCACCGAGUUGGUGACAAAUAUCCAGGUAGCUGCAGAUAUCAGGGAGGUCCACAGGAGAGUCGAGGAAGAGGAGAUAAAGCGUCAGAGACUUGAAAAGCUGGAGAAUGAGGUCAAGACCAGUCAGGACAAAUUUGAUGAGAUUGCCAUGAAGUGGGAGGAGGGCAAACAGAAGAGGAUCCCCCAGGAGCUGUGGGAAAUUCUCAACGCCCAGCAGGUGCACUGCGCUGGGCUGGUAGAAGAUAAGAACAAGCUGAUCAGCGAGUUACAGCAGGAGUUAGAAACAAAGCAUGAUCAGUACGUGAAGGAUUUGAAGAAACAGUCGGGUGACAUCUGCCUGCUCCUGGAGAGGAUGGAAGAACAGGUGAAAAACGUGAUGAAAACCUUUCGCCAGGAGCUCCAAUACAUCGAGAAAGCAUUUGAGGUGGAGCGACAGGAGCUGCUGACCAGCAAUAAGAAGAAAUGGGAGCAGGCCCUGCAGGCUCACAGUGCCAAAGAGCUGGAGUAUCUUAUGAACCGCAUCAAGAAAGUGGAGGACCACGAGAAGCAGCUCAACAAACAGAGGAUCUGGGACUGCGAAGAGUACAACACGAUCAAGAUCAAGCUGGAGCAGGACGUGCAGAUUCUUGAGCAACAGCUUCAGCAAAUGAAAGCAACUUAUCAGCUAAACCAAGAGAAGUUAGAGUACAGCUUCCAGGUGCUGAAGAAGAGAGAUGAAGAAAGCACAGUGAUUAAAUCCCAGCAAAAGAGGAAGAUCAACUGCCUUCAUGAUGUACUUAACAAUCUGAGAUCAAAAUAUAACAAGCAGGUAAAGCAGUUUCAGGAGGAGAACCAGUCCCUAACCUCAGACUACAAACGCUUUGUGAUGCAAUUCAAGGAGAUGCAGAAAGCCAUGAGGCAUUUCGCUCUCAUUGAUGACAAGCAGUUUCGGGAGAUUUGGCUGAUGAAUGAAGAGGAGGCAAAAGAUCUGAUAAGCAGAGCCUUUGAUGUAGACAGCGUCAUCCAUACCCAUCACCUGGGGCUCCCCUGGACAGCACCUGACUUCUGGUUCCUGAAGAAUGUGGGACCAAUUUCUCAGCAGCAGCGGAAGUCGGCCACGCAAAUCUUAGAGGAAGUGCUGAUGGAAGCAGAAGAGGAGGGGGCAGAGGAGGCCGCCUCAGAAGCAGGGUCGUACCUGGACCUGCCAAAGCAAGUGUCAGCGAAAACUACCAGGAGGAUCCUGACGCUCCUGUGUGACGAGUCGGGUUUCCUCAUAGAGAGGAAGCUGCUGAGCCUUCUCCUGCCCCUGGACAAGAACGAGUGUUACCUGCUGAAGUUGGACGCCAUCUUCUCAGCCCUUGGAAUCGAAAAUGAGGAUGACUUGUAUAAACUGGUAAACUUCUUCCUCAAAUACCAAGCUCAUCAUUCACCUCCCAGCCAGGAGCGAACAAGCCUUGUAUCACCAUUGGAGAAGCUGGACCUCCAGGGAGAGAAGGAGGGAAGCCUUGUGGACCGGGAGCCACAGGAGAAGCAGCCCCCGCCUUCUCCCAGGCUCAUCCACCCCAACGAUGUUCUCAAGAUUCUGGAGGCCUUUGUCACGGGUCUGAGGAAACCCAGGGACUUUCGGGCACCAGUGAAGCUGCCGAAGGUUGUGCGAGACGACUCAAAGGACUCCGAGUACUGGAAGGCCCUGACCACGGUUAUCCCUGCCACCACCCUGAACCUCUGGGACGCUCUCUACACAGCCUUGGAGAAAUACCACCUCGUCCUGACCCAGAGGGCCAAGCUGCUGAUAGAAAACCGUUCUCUGGAGCGGCAGAACACAGAGCUCCAGCAGCUGCUGCAGCAGUAUCUAGACUCCAAGAUAAACUCUGAACUGCAAGUUCCUCCGACUCAGGUGUUCCGGGUCCCCACAAAAUAGAGCCAGACCUCGAAAGGGCCGACACUGGUAUCAGUGCUGGUGCCACAGGUGGCAUCUCCUGGGGAGCUGCCUGGGCCCAGUCCCUGGGUUUUCCAGAGCUGCUGUUGUCGGGCCUGUCAAGAUAGGUGACAAGAGGAGUUACUUGUAUCCUGCAGGCAUG